AGGCGGUGGCGGCAGGCGGGCGGGCCUGCUAUGUGCGGUCGUGCGCCGCGCGGCCAGCAGCUUCGGCCACCGACGCGCCAGUGAGCAACGCAAGGGCGCCGCAUCGCGCGCGCCAGCCGAGCUCGCGAUGGCCGAGGACAGUGCCGAGCUGGACCUCAAGAAGAACCUGGACAUCAUUCAAUCCAUCAUCGAUGUGUCGGCGGUGAAGCUGGAGGGCUUGCGGACACAAUGCGCCACCAGCGCCGAGCUCACGCAGCAGGAGAUUCGCACCCUGGAGGGCAAGCUCAUCAAACUCUUCUCGAAUCAACUUGUGACGAAAAUGAAGAUGCGCUCCAACGACAAGCCGCAUCUACCGUCGCUCACGCAGUGGCUGAAAGUCGUCGGGCUGAGCGCGAUGUCCAUCAAUGUGCUCUGCCAGAAGAUCCACUCGUUCGAGGAACUACAGGAAAAAAGUGAACAUGAGCUGAAGACCAUCUUGAACGACCGCGGUGCGCGGCCCGAGGAACUCAGUCGGUUGUGCAAAGCACUACACAAUCUUAAAAAAUACACAGAUGUAUUGAAAAAAGGCGACAACGACACGAUCGACAUGCCGCUUAACUGGGACUCCUGGGACCCGCAGCUGCCAUUAAAAGGAUUGUCGCCGCGCGCGGGACGGUCUCGCACCACGCGCGCCUCCGUACCAUCCGAAGAAUGCAUUAAUAACAACAGGGCAGGUGCGAUCCCACCUUCUGCGUCCGUUUCAAGUAUCAGCUCUCUGAAUGUUCAUUGUGUUCUCACUACCCCUCCUCAAACUAGAGGAAAAGGUGCAAAAUUCCCGACAACGCCGCCGGCGAAAACUAAGCAUCGUACUAUCAACGCCACGGUCUUGCUGCCCGACUAUCCGCUGACGAAGAGCAAGUCGCACGAGUCUCAACUGGCGAAGAACGACAACAAUGGCGAAAUCGUGCAAACCAAUGGUGAUAGUCAUCAGACAACGACAACGGUGGCUCGUCGCGGAAGAUUGUCCACUGAACCGGGGCCGGAAACCGGAUGUGCGAGUCCUAUACUCACGAGUCCAAUCAAAUCGCCACCGUAUAAUCACGUCGGUAACGAUAGCGAUGAUAAUAGUUGCAACUCAACGUUAAAGGUUCCUAAGUCGCCGCACACGCCGACAAUGGCGACGUUCAGCCACCAGAUGGGCCACCAGAUCUCGCACCGUUUCCAAAAGAAGUUUAAGAUGAUGGGGCCGUGCGCGGUCUGCAAUAAGCCGAUCUAUUUCGGUUCAGGCCUGAAGUGCAAGGAGUGCAAGUACAAGUGUCACCGCGAAUGCGAGGACAAGGUGGUGCCGUCAUGCGGCCUGCCGCCGGAGCUACUCGAGGAGUUCAAGCGCAAGUGGCCGACUGAGAAGUCCGUCUUCUCGUCGCCCACCUCAGGCCGCUCUAGCAACGCCAAGACGCUCAUCGAGACCAUCACCAAGCGCAAGUCCUCCCACCCGCAGGCAUCCGUCAAUCACAUUCCUGUUUAUAGCGCACCCGAUUCUAGUUCAAACACGUCGAGCUGCAACAGUUCUACACCCUCCAGUCCGGCUUUCAUACAGACGCAAACGCCACAGGUCAAGCAGACAACAUUCAAUUUUCCGGAAGCUUUCCCGGAGUCGAACGAUUCUACCUCUUCAAUUGAUGGCUCUUUAACCACUACAACAACUCUGCAUCAAGAUCUGACCAGCAGUCAGCAAUCAAGGGAUAGCGACAGGACAAUUUCCGUUUCGGGCAGCACGGACUCAGACCGCACUCCAGUGCGUGUCGACUCUCAGGAUAGUCAAGUCUCCGAUUCGGAAACGAAUGCUGAUGGGCAUAGAUGGCCACGACAAAAUAGUUUGUCUAUGCGAGAAUGGGAUAUUCCAUACAACGAGCUGCAAAUUGGUGAGGUGAUUGGCACUGGCCGAUUCGGCAAGGUGAGCAAGGGCUAUUGGCACGGCGAUGUGGCGAUCAAGGUGCUGAACAUGGACUUGCUGGACGACGAGCGUAUUCUUGACCAGUUCAAGAUCGAGGUCUCGACAUUCCGCAAGACGCGCCACGAAAAUCUUCUGCUCUUCAUGGGCGCGUGCAUGAAGCCACCGCGACUUGCCAUUGUCACCAGUCUCAGUAAGGGCGAAACGCUCUACACGCACAUUCAUCUCAGGAAGGAAAAGUUUAACAUGAACAAGACUACUAUUGUGGCACAACAAAUCUCACAGGGUAUGGGCUAUUUGCACGCAAAGGGCAUAGUCCACAAAGAUUUGAAGAGCAAAAAUAUUUUCUUGGAGAACGGAAAGGUGGUCAUCACUGAUUUCGGCAUCUUUAGCGUGACGAAGUUGUGUUUUGGCAACAGAAAAUCUGACCGUUUGGGUAUUCCACCCGGUUGGUUGUGCUACCUUGCGCCUGAAAUCAUUCGUAGCCUGCGAGCGCACCAAUCACACGACGAGGAACUGCCCUUCAGUACGCAAUCAGACGUUUACGCAUUUGGUACAAUUUGGUAUGAAUUAUUGUGCGGCGAAUGGCCGUUCAAGUCGCAACCCGAAGCUAUAAUAUUCCAGGUUGGUAAGGGCAUGAAGCAGACAUUGGCGAAUUUACAGGCGUCUCGAGAGGUUAAAGACAUAUUGAUGCUGUGCUGGUCAUUCAAAAACGAGAAUCGCCCCGACUUUACCCGACUCUUGAAGAUAUUGGACAAGUUGCCCAAGAAGCGGCUGGCGCGCAGCCCGUCGCAUCCAAUCCACCUGUCCCGUUCGGCCGAGUCGGUCUUCUAAGUAUCAUAGCGUUACACUAUCCACUACGGCAAUUACACUAGUCUUGUUAUUCUCACUAGUGCAAGUAAUUACGAUAGGAACGGAGCAGACAACUAGGCAUAGCUUGAGUUUGCAUUCGCAUCGACCCACAAUCGAUUCGUUCGCGUUGCCGCAUUUUUGGACGGCUGGCAUUCUUUAAACACACAUGAUGAAUUUGAAACUGCAGCGCGGUCAUGAACAACAUAUCCAAUACUAAAACGAUGCCUACUUGUACUUGUAAUCCGCGAGCAACACACUCACACCUGCGAGCAAAUUUUUCAUAUGAACUAUUUAUCCCGCCCCCCCAACAUGUGAAACUCUACGAAAAUUCCCGUUUUAUUAAGUUAGUUAGGAAACCCGCGCUCCCCCACCCUCUCACACGUAGUCGAGAACCAAUGUUGGAGCGGACACGAAGCAAGACACUAUAAAUAAAUAAACCUACAACCUAGGCGUAUAGGACGGAGAUUUUUCAAUGACGGAAGACACAAGAUAAUGUUUUAACUCACACACUAUUGUACAUACCUAAAAAAAUGGAAGAAUGAAGGAAAAAAAGGAAAUACCAAAAAAACCACAAAUGUUAAGCAUGUAAAUUAGACACUUAACUUUACAAUAAUGGAUUAUUAUUGAUAAUGUAAUGCAAAUGUUAAUUAUUAGAACAAACACACGGCUGGCGCAGCACGAAUCGCCAGGUUAGGGAGUGCCCCAAACCUAAUCUUUGCUAACCAUUGUGAAUGUUACGAAAUCAGUUUGAAGUGUUGUACAUACUUACCAAACCAUGUAAAAUGUGACAGAAGAAAAGUGAAGACCUCACCACAACACACACACACACACACAUACACGCAAAGGAAAAUUAACUCAUGUUUCGAUGAAUUACGAUGAUAAUAAUUAUGGAUGGUUAUAACUUAUGCUAAAAAUUAGAUAGAAACUAUAUUACUUGAUUGAUAAUGCAUUCCCAUUUCAUUAUACUCUAGUCAAUUUACAUUUUUAAUUGAGAUUGUAUAUUUUAAUUUCUUUAAUGUAUGAAUUUAUGAUUUAAAUGAAACUUGUCUUGUUA